CACUUAUCAUCAGUAUCCUCACACCUCUAUCUCUUCUCAUUUUGAGCUCAUCUUGUUUGAAAUGGGGGGAAAUGGGGGAAAGAUAUUGGAGAGAUUGGUGAAGGGAGAUAUUGGAGAUGAAGAAUUAAAGAAGCUCAUUAGAAUUCGGUUUGAAAAGAUUCUGCAAUGGGGUUAUAAACCCACACUUCAAGAACAACUUACUUCCAAUAUCGACUUCAUAAAAUCCUUAAAAGAGAUGGAGAUGUCCGGAGAUUUAGAGACUAUGACUGGUGAGACAUAUGAACUGCCUACAGCUUUUCUUGAAGCUGCUCUUGGAAGCACCCUCAAACAAAGUGCUUGUUAUUUUGAAGACGAAUCUAUGACGCUAGACGAAGCAGAGAUAGCUGCAUACGAGUUGAACUGCGAGCGAGCAAAAAUUGUAGACGGGCAAACCGUACUUGAUAUUGGUUGUGGUCAAGGAGGUUUAGUUCUUCAUAUUGCUCAGAAAUAUAAGAAUUGUCAUGUUACUGGAAUUACUAAUUCCACUGCGCAAAGAAAUUACAUUUUGUCGCAAAUAGAGAAGCUUAACCUAUCCAAUGUGGACGUUAUAUUAGCUGAUGUUACUAUAUUCGACUUCGUAACUGAGAAGAAAUUUGAUCGAAUACUAAUUAUCGAAGCCAUUGAGCACAUGAAGAACAUUCAACUGUUUAUGAACAAAAUAUCAAAGUGGAUGAAAGAUGAAGAUAGCUUUCUUUUUGUGGAACACCUUUGCCACACAGCAUUCAAUCAUCAUUUUGAGGCGCUCGAUGAGGAUGAUUGGUAUAGUAGUUACGUUCUUCCGAAAGGGAGUGUGACAAUAUUGUCCGUGACGGCUCUUCUAUAUUUUCAGGAUGAUGUCUCAGUUGUUGACCAUUGGCUGUUGAAUGGAAUGCAUAUGGCUCGUUCGCAAGAGGAAUGGGCAAAGAAAUUAGACAAAAAUUUGGAAGUUGCAAAAAAGGAACUACAGCUGGGACUUGGAAGUGAAGAAGCCGCGAACCAAGUAAUUACUCAUUUAAAGACAUUCUUUGUUGGAGGAGCUGUGCAAUUCUCAUUCAACAAUGGAGAAGAAUGGAUGAUUUCACAAUUUCUCUAUAAGAAAAAGUGAUUGCUAUCGACAGUUUAUCGAGAUAUUCCUAAGAAAUGUUUUUUGCAUUUCUUCUUUAAAUGUUCUAUUUAAAGCUUUAAUUGCUCCCAAAGAUCUUGAAUUGCCAUGAUUAUGCUGCCAUUAUAGCUCGUAUUGCUAAAGGGAAGUGUAUUCGAA